AUGAAAAGGUCGGUCUCCAGAGGCGCCAGUGGCUUCCACCUGUUUUGGUACAGUCGGCGACCAAAAAGAAAACAAAGACCAAGCGCCCAGGAGGUGAAGUUCGACAACAUCACCAAGCGCAUCCGGACUCUUUGCGGUGGCCUGGACCCACGUUUUAUCGACCCGGUGCCCGUGACGCAGAAGGUGGUGGAAGGCUUCUAUAAUGGCAUCAAGACCGCAGAGGUUGACACUUUGGCGGCUGAGACCUGCGCGUAUAUGUCUCAGAAGCAUCCAGACUUCUCCACUUUGGCCGCCCGCAUUGCGGUGUCGAACCUGCACAAGAACACCUCGGAUUCCUUCGCCGAGACCUGUCGGAUCCUCUUCCACUUCGUGGAUGCGCAAGGGCGUGAGGCUGGAUUGCUAUCCCAGGAGGUCUUCGACUUCGUCCAGAAGAACGCAGGGGAAUUGGAUGAGGCGCUCGACUACGACAGGGAUUUGGGAUACGACUACUUUGGUUUCAAGACGCUCGAAAAGUCCUACCUGCUGCGCGUGCACGGGAAGAUCGUCGAGCGCCCUCAGCACAUGAUCAUGCGCACCGCCUGUGAGAUCCAUUGCGGGGAUCUUGCCAGCGCUCUUCAGAGCUACGACUUGAUGUCCAGGAAGUUCUUCACGCACGCGACGCCGACGCUCUUCAAUGCCGGGACUCCCAAGCCACAGAUGUCGUCCUGCUUCUUGCUGAAGAUGAAGAGCGACAGCAUCGACGGGAUCUACGACACCUUAAAGCAGUGCGCGGUGAUCUCAAAGUCCGCCGGUGGCAUUGGUGUUGCAGUGUCCAACAUCCGCGCCAGCGGGUCCUACAUCCGCGGGACCAAUGGGCAGAGCAACGGCUUGGUGCCGAUGCUGAAGAACUUCAACGAGACGGCCCGGUAUGUGGAUCAGGCAGCUUGUCACCCUCCACAACCCGCCUCCGUCCAUUCGGUCGUGGCACCAGUCGAUGGCUCGGUCGUGGAGCGCGAGACUCGGUCUGCGUCGCCCGCCAUGGCGACGCCCAGCGACGCGGAGCUCCCGACGGUGGCGCUGAUCACGGGCGCCUCACGUGGCUACGGCCGUGCCCUCGCUGAAGCUCUCUGUGCCGCCCGUGGCGCCCCACUGCGCUUGGCCUUGCUCGCGCGCGACGGGCCGGGCGUAGAGGAGACGGCGCGGCGGUGCUGCGAGGGACGCGGAGGCCGCGUCCAGAGCAAGCAGUUUCUGGGAGAUUUGGGUCGAAGCAACGAGAUGGUCCAGUGGAUGGAGCCGGUCUUGGACUAUUUGGCCCAUGCAAUUGAGACCGUAUCGUGCACGGAACCAGGUGCCAAAUGUGAGCUCUUGAUCCUGCACAAUGCAGGCAGCUUGGGCCGGCUGGCCUACAGCCAUGAGCGGCCCGCACUGGAGGCCUCGAUCGGAGCAUUGGAUUUGAACGUCACUGGCUUUGUCGUGCUCAGCCAGAUGCUCUUGCAGCGCUUUGCCCCGCAGGUGAGACGGCCAGAGAAUGCCCUGCGAAUUGUGGUGGUGAAUAUUUCCAGCUUGUUGGCGCUGCAAGUGAUGCCCUCCUGGUCUUUAUAUGCCACCGGCAAGGCCGCCCGCGACAUGUACAUGCGCACCUUGGCGGCCGAUGCACAUGCGGCGCAGUUGGAGGUGAGAACCUUGUCCUGGGCCCCCGGACCCAUGGAGACCGAGAUGAUGCAGGAGAUCUUGAGGACCUGUCCUGAUCCAGAAGUUCUCAAGCAGUUUCAGGAGAUGCAGCACAAAGAUCGUCUCGUCAGCUUGUCGGCCAGUGCAGAGAAGCUCAUGAAGCUACUGAAGGAAGAUUCAUUUCAGGAUGGAGAACCGUGCUCUCGACCGAGCGCGUGCGAGCGCCAGCGCCGGGUCGACCCGGCCGUGGCGGUGCAUGACCCGCGCCGAGCGACCGAGCCGGCGGAAAAGACGUCUCUCCGGGGCAUCCAACCGGUGGAUCCGCAAGGAACGCUACGCGUCGGUGGAGGCAAGCGCAAGGGUGCUCUGGCGGUGUAUUUGGAGCCCUGGCAUGCGGACGUCUUCGAGUUUUUGGAGCUGAAGAAGAACCAUGGGAAGGAGGAGCAGCGAGCAAGGGACUUGUUCUACGGCCUUUGGGUCCCAGACCUCUUUAUGAAGAGGGUGAAGGCGGACGAGGAGUGGACCUUGUUCUGCCCGAACGAGGCCUUUGACGAGAAGAGCGGAAAGACACUGAUGGACCUUUGGGGCGAGGACUUCGAAGAGCUCUACUGCCGUUUGGAAGCGCAAGGCAAAGGACGGAAGACGGUGAAGGCGCUUCAGCUGUGGUUCCGCAUUUUGGAAGCGCAGAUGGAGACUGGCACGCCUUACAUGCUGUACAAGGAUCAUGCCAACAGGAAGUCCAACCAGCAGAACUUGGGCACCAUCCACUGCAGCAACCUCUGCACCGAGAUCAUCGAGUACACCUCGCAAGAUGAGGUGGCUGUGUGCAACUUGGCCUCCAUUGCAUUACCCAGCUUCGUGGCAGAGGAGGGUUAUGACUUUCAGAAGCUGUAUGAGGUGACGAAGGUCGUGACCCGAAACCUCAACAAGGUCAUUGACCGGAACUACUACCCGGUGGAGCAGGCGCAGCGCUCCAACAUGCGUCACCGACCCAUCGGUCUGGGCGUUCAAGGUUUGGCAGAUGCUUUCAUGAUGAUGACGCUUGGCUGGACACUGAUCAACCAGCAGCGAGGUGCAAAGAAAUUGCCCUUCGAGAGUGAAGAGGCCAAGCGCUUGAACGAGGACAUCUUUGAGACCAUCUAUUUCGGAGCCUGUGAGGCCUCCUGCGAGUUGGCCGAAGUGAAUGGGACCUACGAGACCUAUGAGGGCUGCCCGGUGAGCCAAGGCCAGCUGCAGUUCGACAUGUGGGGCGUGACGCCCAAGAGUGGGCGCUGGGACUGGACUGAGUUGAAGCAGCGCAUCGCCCAGAGUGGGCUGAGGAACUCGCUCCUCGUGGCGCCCAUGCCGACGGCCUCGACGGCGCAGAUCUUGGGGAACAACGAGUCCUUCGAGCCCUACACGCAAAACCUCUACGUGCGUCGUGUGCUGUCGGGCGAGUUCGUCCAGGUGAACCGACACCUGCUGAAGGAUUUGAUCGCCCAUGGCCUUUGGAACGAGGAGCUACGCACGCAGCUGAUCGCACAGAACGGGAGCGUGCAGAAGUUGGAUUUGCCUGCAGAGAUGAAGGAGCUCUAUAAGACUGUCUGGGAGAUCAAGCAGAAGGUGGUGGUGGACAUGGCCGCGGAUCGUGGGGCCUACAUCGACCAGUCCCAGUCCCUGAACAUUCACAUGAUCGAUGCGACCACCUCGAAGCUCAGCUCGAUGCACUUCCACGGCUGGCACCGGGGCUUGAAGACCGGCAUGUACUACUUAAGGACGAAGGCGGCCGCGGAUGCCAUCAAGUUCACGGUGGACGUGAAGAAGUUGAAGCCUGAAGAGGAAUCCAUCAAAGCACCAAGAUGCAACGACGAGCGUGGCACUGAAGGCAGAAGCUCCGAAGUAUUCUUGUGUCGGAUGCAGCAGGGAUCGCUGCGGCCGAGGGAACUCAGAGAAGUGAUGCUGACCCAUAGCCACCUGGUGCCCAAAGCAGAACUGGCGGCCACGAGUUCCCUUCCCUUCGCGGCCACAUCCGAGCUUUUGCUCGAGAGCGAAAGGCGGCAGAUGAGGCGCAAGGGAGUGGAGCGCCAGGGAGUGGAGUCGGGCUCGUCAAGUGAGGCUCGUCAACAGGUGGAAGAGGAAGAGCGGACCACCGAUGGGCUGGUUGAUCCAUUGCAGGACCACGACUUCUGGCCCGACUCGGACGAGGUUGAUCCUUAUGCCUUGAAGGUGGCGAUCGAGAGGGUGAAUCAUCUGCUUGAUCUGCUUCAGGACGAUGAGUCCUAUGCCCCCGGGCGUGAAGAGGAGCUGGUCGAUGGAUGUGGGGCGAUGGCAACCAACGAGCUGAAACGUGACGACCCGGGUAUCACAUCGACGUGCGACGACCAGUCCUCCACCGGCUCAGGGAACCGCUGGGCGUUCCGGCACGAGGCUUGGCCUACGAUGUUGAAGAGCCUCAAGGAAUCGCCGGAGCCGCUCCAAACGUCUGCGAUGUCGACGCCGGUGCCCUCCGUGCGCUCCGUGCGCGUGAGCCUGUUGAGCGGCCGCACCGUCGAGCUGGACGCCGAGGAUCAGCUCGUGCUGCAGCUUCUGCGGCGCGCGGAGGCCGCCUUCGGCCGCCCUUUGGAGUGUCUUCUGGACCGCGGCCGGCCCCUGGAACCCCAUGCACGCCUCACGGAGCCAUGCCACGAGAACGUGGAAUGCUUGGAGCUGACGGCAGUGGCCAAGGGCGCACAGCUGGUAGGACAUCGGAGGGCACUGGGCUUCGCCUACCUACGUCCGGACGGUGAGCUGGUCGGCUGGGGCUGCGGACCCCGGCGGCGCGUCAGCGGAGUGAGGCAGGUGGCGGUGUCUGAAUGCAGUUUUGCCGCCAUCCGCGUGGAUGGAAGCCUCACCACUUGGGGAUGUCCUCACUUCGGGGGCGACUGCCGAAACGUGCAGGAGCAUUUGCGAGGCUUGGUGCAGAUCCAAUCCUCCUGCUGUGCGUUCGCCGCGCUGCAGGAAGAUGGUAGCGUCCUGGGCUGGGGGCAUCCCUCCCUCCCCUGGUCAGCUCGGCCAGAAGACGUGGUGGCGAUCCAGGCCUCGUCGCACGCCUUUGCGGCGCUCCUGAAAAAUGGGCGUGUCAUGACCUGGGGGAACAAAGACUAUGGCGGAGACUGCUCAGGAGUUGAAGAUCAGUUGGUGGACGUCAACGCCAUCCAAGCCUCCGCUGGUGCCUUUGCAGCCCUUUGUGGCCCUGAGAAGCGUGUGGUCACCUGGGGCAGCGCUGACUACGGCGGCGAGUGCGGCGAGGAGCUGAAGAACAUCCACUGCCUCCAGUCAUCCGCUCGCGCCUUUGCAGCCUUGGAGGCCGGUGGAGGCGUGCGCUGUUGGGGCGAUCCCCACUGCGGUGGCGUGGUACCGAAGGACGUGCAGGAGCAGCUGAUAGACGUGAUCGCCCUCCAAGCCGCUCCCCGCGCCUUCUGCGCCCUGCGCCGCAACGGCACCGUGAUCACCUGGGGCGACGCCGCCGGCGGCGCCGGCGAUUCGCCCGUCCUGCCGUCGCCGGUGGUGGCGGUGCAGGCGACGGCGCGGGCCUUCGCGGCGCUGUUGCGGGAUGGACGGGUGAGCAGCUGGGGCCACAAGGACUGUGGCGGUGACUGCAGUUCAGUGGCGCAUGAGCUCUUCCGGGUGCGAGAAAUCCAAGCUUCCACCGGCGCCUUCGCAGCGCUGCGGCAGGAUGGGCGCGUCGUCACGUGGGGGUCCAAGGAGUUCGGUGGCGACAGCAGCGCGGUGCAGCAGAUGCUGCUGGAUGUGCAGGUGGUGCAAGCCUCCAGGUCUGGAUUUGCCGCACUGCGGGAGGAUGGGAAUGUGGUGAUCUGGGGCCCAGACUGUGCCCGAGCUGCGAAGUGGUUUCGCGCGUGGCAAGGUGAUGGCGCUCACUUCCUCAACCACCAGACCCUUUGCCUCUCCGACUCUGAACGCUGA